AUGUUGCUUAGCGACGGCUUCAUGCGCCUGCCGCCCACGACGGCCGUUUUGCUCCUCAGCAGUAUCUUCGCCCUCACCGAGGCCGGCGCCCUUCCCCCUCAGACACAAGCACAGAUUGCUCUCCGGACGUUGGAUGUUCGCAGCUGGCCGCUGGCUACCCCGGCGCCAUGGCUCGGCAUGAUGAGGAGGCAGGACGACAGCACCAACACCGUUUGCGGCUACAUCAGUGGCGACCCUAACCUCCCGGCAACAUGCUCCGCCGGAUCUCAUUGCGCCAUGGAUGCCUCCGCCUCCGCCGUCGGAUGCUGCCCGAACGGCGUCGCCUGCUCGACCGGCAUUUACACCAGCUGCGUGGACGGCAACAGCCCGACACAAACAGCAUCUGACCCUUACAUCUUUACAUGCCAGGGAUCUAACGUGUGCUACCGUAACACCUAUGAUGGAGGCGCCUACCAGUAUGGAUGCGGUACGUCCAGCCAGGGCGCAACCGUAUUGGCCACUGCUUCGGGUCUCAGCACGACUGUCGCAAUCACCCGGGUCUCGGUCAUCACGAGAGAGGAGACUUCUUCGUCGUCGUUAUCCACCAGCUCUUCCAGCUCGAGCACUUCGUCCUCGACAACCUCUACUACAGCCUCGAGCUCGUCGAGUACCAGCUCCAGCUCCAGCUCCUCGACAACCUCCACCUCGGCAUCUUCUACGACGCAGUCAGCAUCGGCUACCGAAGCUCAGAGCUCACCCUCCGGCGCCGCCGGCCCGCCGCCAGGCGCGGCCGAGGCAGCAAACAGACGCCACAGCGCUACUAUCGGCGGAGCCAUCGGUGGCGCUGCCGUCCUUGUAGCUAUCAUCUCGGUGGCUCUGUGGAUGUGCAAGCGCAAUCGCCGCCGUAACCGACGCCUCGGACCCGGUGCCGGCAAGGGCCCGUCAUUUGUCCCGGAGCCCAACUCGAAGGAAUUUUCUGCCGUUCCCGGCGGUGAGAUGAUGUUUGACCAGGCAGGCUACGGCCACCCGGCUAUGAUGCCCGGCGCCCACGGAACGACGACCUCCAUCUCAGGAGGCAAAGCCGCCGGCACGCCGCCGCACGCCGGACCCGGGGGCUACAACCCGGCCCACGGCGCGUCCCACUCCACCGGUGAAGGUGUUCCGCUGACGCAAUCGACCGAGAACGAAGACUUCACGCGCGGCUACAACGACGCCCCCUUGCCCGUGCGCGAGGAAUACCGCCCGACGAGCUCGGGGAGCAGCACGGCCGCCGGGAAUCCCUACAGCAGCGGCUCCGGGACAGACUCGGCGCAGCAGCAGGCCGAGGGAGCUGACGGCAAGCCGCUGUGGCAGCAGAACCGUAGACAGAGCCGUAACAUGGUGUGGAGGUGA